ACAAUGUUGGGCCUCAAGUCGCUGUCGUCGCGCGCGCUGUCGUCGCGCGCCCGGUCCCUCUCCACGGGGGGCAAGAACGUCGUCAUCGUCGACGGCGUGCGCAUCCCCUUCGCGCUGUCGCAGACCAUCUACCAGGACGUCAUGGCCGUGGACCUCGCGAAGAUGUCGCUCACGGGGCUCAUGCAGAAGACGGGCCUCGACGCGUCCCUCGUGGACUACGUCCUCUACGGCACCGUCAUCCAGGAGAGCCGCACGUCGAACAUCGCCCGCGAGGCGGCCAUGCACGCGGGCUACCCGAUCGACGUGCCCGCCCACACGGUCACCCUGGCCUGCGUGAGCUCCAACGCCGCCAUCUGCCAGGGCGCCGAGAAGAUCCUCGCGGGCCAGGCCGACGUCGUCGUCGCGGGCGGCUGCGAGACGUUCUCCGACGUGCCGAUCCGCUACAGCCGCCCCGUGCGCAAGCGGCUCCUCGGCGCGGCCAAGGCCCUGAAGAAGGGGCCCGCGGGCGCCCUGGGCCUCUUGAAGGGCCUCAAGCUCAAGGACCUGGCGCCGGAGGCGCCGAGCAUCUCCAACUUCACGACGGGAGAAGUGAUGGGCCACAGCUCGGACCGCCUCGCGGCCAAGUUCGGCAUCUCGCGCAAGGACCAGGACGACUACACGCUCAUGAGCCACACGCGGGCCCAGCAGGCCCACGACGACGGCCUCUACGCCGAGGAGCUCGUGCCGGGCGUGCAGGGCGCGGACCUCUCGGAGAACGGCAUCAAGGCCGGCUCGACGCCGGAGAAGCUGGCCAAGCUCAAGCCCGCCUUCAUCAAGAACGAGACGGGCACGCACACGGCGGCGAACUCGUCCUUCCUCACGGACGGCGCGGCCGCGACGCUCGUCAUGUCCGAGGAGAAGGCGCUCGCGCUGGGCUUCAAGCCCAAGGCCUACCUGCGCCACUGGACCUUCGCCGCCGUCGACCCCUUCGAGGAGCUGUUGCUGGGCCCGACCUACGCCGUCUCCAAGGUGCUCAACGACGCGAAGCUCGACCUCAAGGACGUCGGCGUCGUCGAGAUGCACGAGGCCUUCGCGGGCCAGGUCCUGUCCAACUUCGCGGCCAUGAACAGCGACAAGUUCGCCGCGGACUUCCUCCCGAACCGCACGCAGAAGCUCGGCGAGAUGGACUUCGCCAAGGUCAACACGCAGGGCGGCAGCCUGAGCCUCGGCCACCCCUUCGGCGCGACGGGCAGCCGCAUCGUCACGACCGCGUCGAACCGCCUCCAGCGCUCCGGCGAGCAGUUCGCCCUCGUCGCCGCCUGCGCCGACGGCGGCAUCGGCCACUCCUGCCUCCUCGAGCGCUACCCGAACUGAGCGAGGCCCGCGGCCGCCGCGGCCCGCCGCGCCGCGCGCGCGCCCCCGACGCCGCGACGUCCCCGCCGCGGCCUCUGCGAUUCUUAAUGCCCCCCUCUUCGUG